UCUCUCUCCCUGCGUUGUGUGCACGCACACACGCACACACACAGAUAUUCUUUGGCACUUCUCUCCCCAGUCAGUGUCCUAAGAUGCCUCCUGCCUCCUCUUGCCUAGGCCACUUGUCUGCUGGCCUGGGGCCUCCCUCUUCAGCACUCCUCACCUCGCCUGGGCUGCUCAGCCCUGUGGGUUUGUCCCAGCUGGGAAAGACAAUAUGUGUCUAGGGUGCCUUCACAGCCAUUCUCAGCUUGGUCAUCACAACCGUUGGGGUCAAACAGUGGCAAAACAGGAAGCAGGCUGCUUGCCCUACAGAUGGGACACUGAGACCCUGAAAGCUUAAGGGACUUGCCCCAGGGAGCAGGGCUGGUGAGCAGUAGAGGCUGGUUGGGAGCCUGGGUCUCAAUGAUCCCAAUCCUCCCUCUUGAGAGCGAGUAACCCUCAAAUUCUCCACACUGUGUCUGGGGCACUGCUCAAGGGUGUCCACUGCCGAGGGGCCCCUUUCUGUUAGACGGCAGGGUGGAGUUCCACGUGCUGCAGGGAGGGCCCCUCCUGGAGGCUCAGAUGCUCACCUCAGGGAUAGAGUGGAAUUUGGCAGGCAGGGGAGGGGGAAACGAGUGCCCCUUUGGGCAGCAGUGCUCUCAGGUUCAGAACUAAUCCAGGUCCUUCCUUAUCCUCACCUCACACUCACCGCUCAGCCCUUUGCCGUGGACUGCUACCCCUCACUUUGCUGUUUGUUCAGUAGACUUUUAGUGAGCACCGCUUAAUAGACCCCUGUUCUCAUAGAAUAAGAAAUAAACGAUCGGGAAAUGAUCAAUGAGAGGAAAACAAUAAAAUACGUGCAGAUCUGGGCAAGAGCAUUCCAGGUGGAGGGAGCAGCAAGGGCAAAGGCCCUGAGGCAAGAAUGCACUUGCUGUGUUUGAGGGAUGGUGAGAAAGCUAGAAUUUGGUGAGGGAAGAGCACAUGGUAGAUGGAGUCAGAGAGGAGAUUGUAUAAGCUUGGAUUUUAUGGGAGGUUUUCAAGCCGUGAGAUUCAUGAUCUGAUACAUGAUUUAAAGACAUCACUCAUGCUGCCAUGCUUAGGACGGACUAAAAGAGGUCAGGGUGUUGCUGGGGUCGAGGCCCAGGGUCGUGGUGGUGCCUAAGUCUGUGGCAGUGAUGGAGGUAGGCAGAUCCAGAGUCUGUGUUUUAGGGAAAGCAGACAGGACCCGCUGAUGGGGGGAAGGAGUGUGGCGGGGAGGUGAAGGGAGAGUCCAGGAGAAAAACUGCUCUCACCAGCGUCACCAUGUCACCGAGGCGCCUCAUGUCAAUUCUCAGCGCCUUCCCCAGCUUGCACAGUAGCCAUGAGCCACCGGAUCCUGCUGCUUCUGGCCGUGCUGACCCUGGGCCUGGCUACCUCCCAACACCAAGACAAGGUGCCCUGUAAGAAGGUGGACAAGGAAGUCUUGUGCCGGGGCCUUGGCCUACUCCAGGUCCCCUCGGUGCUCCCGCGGGACAUCGAGGUCCUCGACCUGUCUGGGAACCAGCUGCGGAGCAUUCUGGCCUCGCCCCUGGGCUUCUACACAGCGCUUCUUCACCUGGACCUGAGCGCCAACGAGAUUAGCUUCCUCCAGCCAGGGGUCUUCCAGGCCCUGCCCCACCUGGAGCACCUCAACCUGGCCCACAACCGCCUGGCGGUGGGCACAGCGCUGAGCACUGGGGGUCUGGGUCCCCUGCCACACCUGACGUCCCUGGACCUGUCUGGCAACAGCCUGUACAGCGGCCUGGCGGAGCGGCUGCUGGCGGAGGCGCCCGCCCUGCGCAGCCUCUCGCUGGCGGAGAACAGCCUGACGCGCCUGGGCCGCCACACCUUCUGGGGCACGCCCGCGCUCGAGCGGCUGGACCUUCACAGCAACGUGCUGAUGGACAUCGAGGACGGAGCCUUCGAGGCCCUGCCCCACCUGGCACACCUCAACCUCUCCAGGAACUCCCUUACCUGCAUCUCCGACUUCAGCCUCCAGCAGCUGCGGGUCCUAGACCUGAGCUGCAACAGUAUCGAGGCCUUUCAGACGGCCCCGGAGCCCCGGGCCCAGUAUCAGCUCGCCUGGCUCGACCUGCGGGAGAACAAACUGCUCCACUUCCCCGACCUGGCCGCACUUCCGAGGCUCAUUUUCCUGAACGUGUCUAACAACCUCAUCCGCCUCCCUGCGGGGCCGCCCCAGGGCGGCGAGGGCCUUCACGCGCCUUCCGAGGGCUGGUCCGCCUUGCCCUUCUCCAACCUCGGCCGCAACGCCAGCACCCAACCCCUCUCUCAGCUCUUGAAUCUGGAUUUGAGCUACAAUGAGAUUGAGCUCGUCCCGGAGGGCUUUCUUGAGCACCUGACUUCCCUGCGCUUCCUGAACCUCAGCCGGAACUGCUUGCGGGCCUUUGAGGCCCGGCGUGUGGGCUCCCUGCCUUGCCUCGUACUCCUGGACAUGAGCCACAAUGCGCUGGAGACGCUGGAGCUGGGUGCCAGGGCCCUGGGGUCUCUGCAGACGCUGCUCCUACAGGACAACGCCCUGCGGGGCCUGCCCCCGUACACCUUCGCCGGCCUGGCCAGCCUGCAGAGGCUCAACCUGCACGGGAACCGGGUCAGCCCCUGCGGGGGCCCAGGUGAGCCUGGACCCGCGGGCUGUGUGGCCUUCUCUGGCGUCUCCUCCCUCCGCGUCCUGAACCUGGCGGACAAUGAGAUGGAGAUGCUCCGGGCAGGUGCCUUCCUCCACACUCCGCUGACUGAGCUGGACCUCUCUGCCAACCCUGGGCUGGAUGUGGCCACAGGGGCCUUGGCGGGCCUGGAGGGCUCCCUGGAGGUCCUGGCCUUGCAGGGCAACGGGCUGGCCAUCCUGCAGGUGGACCUGCCCUGCUUCAGCUGCCUCAAGCGGCUCAAUCUGGCAGAGAACCGCCUGAGCCGCCUGCCUGCCUGGACGCAGGCUGUGUCCUUGGAGGUGCUGGACCUAAGGAACAACAGCUUCAGCCUCCUGCCGGGCAGUGCCAUGGGCGGCCUGGAGACCAGCCUGCGGCGCCUCUACCUGCAGGGGAACCCCCUCAGCUGCUGCGGCAACGGCUGGCUGGCGGCCCAGCUGCACCAGGGCCGUGUGGACGUGGACGCCACCCAGGACCUGAUCUGCCGCUUCGGCUCCCAGGAGGAGGUGUCCCUGAGUCACGUGCGUCCUGAGGACUGUGAGAAGGGGGGGCUCAAGAACGUCAACCUCAUCAUCAUCCUCACCUUCGCACUGGUGUGUGCCGUCCUUCUCACCACGCUGGCCACCUGCUGCUUUGUCCGCCGACAGAAGUUCAACCAACAGUACAAAGCCUAGAGAGGCUGGGGGCUACAGACCGCCUCUGUCAGGGGACCCUGCCAGGUCAGUGGGGGAGCCAGAGGCACGAAGAAGGGUGGGGACUGACCCAAGAUUACCCAGUGAGCCAGGAUCCAAGAACCCUGGUCUCUCAGUCCCAGCCCUGGGCUCCUUUCCCUGUAUCCUGCUGCAUCAGUAGGUGACCCACUUCACAGGGCACACAUGUGGUCCAGCUGUGGAAGCUGGAAGAUGGGCAGUUGCAGGAGUGACAGAGUGUAAGGUUGACCCAUCGGAUCAACACAUCUUCACCAGGCGUCUGUUUUGUGCCACACCCUGCCCUGGGCACUGGGGACACCAGGGAAUGAGACACAUCCCUACCCUCAGCAUCGCCCAGGCUGGGUGGGGAGGUGGCUGCAGAGCAUGCAGUGACCACACGGAGUGUGGAAGCCAGGGCUCUGCAGCCCCAGCUGGCUGAGUGCGGAUCGUCCUGCCCCUGCUGGGCCAGGGUAGGAGAGGGGCAAGACCAAGAGGAUUUGUCUGAGAUGUUUCCAGGCAGACUCUUUGUCACGUCUUCUGAUAGUGACUUUCAGCUUCUCUGGAACAUAAAAAGCUUGUGACCGGAAGAGAGCUGGAGGCACUUGAGUAAGGCUUGGAUCCAGCGCUAUCAGGCGGGCUGCGGCAGCUCCAGCAGGGCCUGGUUAAGAGGCGGUCUCCCUGGGCUCCAGCCCAGCACUGGACCAUUCCGUUUCCUGCUCCGGGCAGGCUCUUUCCCCUACCUGGCACUCUCGUGUUGCACACACCGGCCAAGAUACUGCCCUAGCCCCCCUACUUCCUGCCCAGGCCCCCUGCUCCAUCCCAGUCCCACCCUGGCUGGUGAGCCAGGAGUAAGAACCUUAGGUAUCUGGUUCUGUUUUGCACCACACUUGGCAGUGGUGACAAACCCAAGCCUGCAUCUGCCUCUUUAUGACAACCCUCUGAGGUUGGUAUUUUAUCCCAUUUUACAAGAGGCUCCAAAAGUCUCCCUCCAGGGACCUCCAGCUAAGAAAUGCCAGAACUGAGCUCCAGACUCACAUCCUCCUGAGUCCAGAGCCUGAGCUUGGCCACUGCAGGGGCUGCAGGCUGUUAGGUGGACAGGAACUGGCCCCACGUGGCCGGAUCAAGGCCCGGGAGCAUCCUGUGCUGUGCACACCCACCCGCUCCUCUCCCUCCUCUCUCCCAGGCGGGCAGAGAGAAGAUGCGCAGCCACAGGCCCUCUCCUCCUCCUGUGCCUCAUUUUCCCUUAUUCCCUCAUUUGCAGACUAGGCGGGCUCUCCUUGUUCUCUUCUUGCUCUUGAGUGCCCUCCUUCCCUCUCCCUCCUUUGAGCCUAGCCUGGACUUUGAAACCAUCGAGUCCGACCUCCCUGUUGCACAGAUAGGGAGGCUAAGACUGUGAAGAGAAUGGGACUUGCUCAGAGCUGCACAAGUCAGUGGCAGAGCCUGUGAAACAAGGUGGAUUCAGACCUCAUUGAGGGGGUGUGCGGGGGGGCUUGGUGGUUGGACCUGAAUGGUUUCCUUCUCUCUCAGCUGUGACAUCACAAGAUGAUGCUGGCUCCAAACUCUCUUACUAGUCCUCAUCAUGCAGGGACUUUUUUUUCCCCCUAGAAAAAUGGAUAGAAAAAUCCCAUCCAGAUAUAACCGCCUGUUUCUCAUACCCAUGAAAUCGUGGGCUGUCUGGGAAGAAAGGAAGCCCUGGGAUCAGCCCGGGACCCUGUGUCAUUGUCUUCACCCUCUUACCCGUGCUUGGCCCGCACUCAGGCUCACGAUGGUGCUCGGUAAAGUGUGAGAUGAUGAAAAUGCCCCUCUCUCCACCCCACUUUACAGAUGAGAAAACUGAGGCCCAGAGCGGGUCGAGGACUCAGGGAGUCAACGGCAGAGCCGGGGCUAGAACCUGGUGGCUUGGCCCCAGCCUGGGGCCCUGGUAGCGAGUGGGGCAGCCGGUGGGUCCAGUCCUGUUUGGGAUCAUGACCACAGGUGCUCACUGCACACAAACACUCUUCCUCAGGCCUGGAGGGCAAGGUGUGGGCCCCUCCAUGCCUGAUCUUUGAGAACACUACACAAUGCUGCUCUCACCCCCCAGGACCCAGGCUACAACCCAGGCCUCGGGGCCAGCUCUUUGUGUAACCCACGUGAAUGUAUUAAAAAAUGA